CAACUUUGCUGAUUUUUAGUUGCAAUUUGACACUCAACUUGCAAUCAUCCUACGCGGAUUAUUUGGCGAAUUUUUCAAAACUCGAAAACAGACUUCAUUGUUUUUCUUUUGUUUUGAUUUACUUGCUUUGUUUUUUUAAAUGCUAGUUUGCUAAGGGUUCCGAUAUUCUUGUAGAUUUAAUUAUUAUUAUUUUGUCUGUGUUUUUUUUGUAAUUUGAUAACAAAGUUAAAAUAAUUAAAAAUGUACGGGUUCAGUUAUCAAGAAUUGGCUCAGCGAAUGAUGUCAUCAAUGGAUGAGUUUCAGGAAGCUUUUCAAUUAUUCGACAGCCGUGGAGAUGGGAAAAUUCACGUUGCACAAAUCGGCGACGCCCUGAGAGCAUUGGGACAGAAUCCAACGGAGUCGGAUGUUAAAAAAUUCACGCAUCAGCACAAACCUGAUGAAAGAAUAAGUUUCGAAGUUUUCCUGCCAAUUUACCAGGCAAUUAGCAAAGCACGCACAUCUGAUACUGCUGACGAUUUCAUCGAGGGAUUGCGUCACUUUGACAAAGACGGAAAUGGUUUUAUUUCUUCGGCCGAACUCAGACAUCUUCUCACGACACUCGGUGAGAAAUUAAGCGACGAGGAAGUCGAAACUCUACUCUCAGGACACGAAGAUUCCCAGGGUAAUAUCAAUUACGAGGAUUUUGUUCGUCAAGUAAUGUGCGGUUAAAAAUGUAGUUAAGUUUUUUUUUUUAAAAUCCACUAUUAUUGAGAUACAUACGUAUUAUAUAUGUUACAAAAAAAAGGAUUUAAAUAUUCCUUUGUCAAAAUAUUUUCAUUACGAAACGAUGAGGGAAUGUUAUAUAAUAUAAUUUUUUGGGGGGAAUUGUAGUUUUCGAGAUUAUUAUUAUUAUUAAUUAUUAAUUUGCGUAGCAAGUUUUUUACCGAGAAAAAAGUAAAAAGAAAAUUUUUUCAUUUAGUUGACAAACAGUGUAGCAUGUUGUGCCUUGAUCCAAAAAAUUUACCUAUAUUCUAAGAAGUUAAUACCCAUAUCGGUGAGCAUAUUCAUUAACAUACUAUAUUUCUCUACGAUAGAAUUGAAAUAUUAUUUUACCAACAUUCCGAAGUAACAAAAAAAAAAGUGUAAUUGUAAAUUGCUGAACGUUCCAAUUAUUUUGCCCAAUGUACUUGCAUUUAUAGAAUAUACAGAUUACUGAUCAAUCCAAA